AUUCGUGCCGGAUCUACCUCGGCUGGCAUCGGCGGGGACGGGGCUGCCUUUGGGGCGCUCGACUAAAGUCGCUGGCGGCCGCCAUUCGCGCAUCGCAGCGCCUGCCUGACCGUCGCUAUGUCGGAUUUCGACAGCAACCCUUUCGCGGACCCAGACCUUAACAACCCUUUCAAGGAUCCUUCCGUUACACAAGUGACUAGAAAUGUUCCACCAGGAUUAGAUGAGUACAACCCUUUCUCAGACUCCAGAACGCCACCACCAGGAAAUGUCAAAAUUCCUAAUGUGCCCAGUACACAACCUGCUAUAAUGAAACCAACUGAGGAACCACCCGCUUAUACUCAAAUUGCAAAGGAGCAUGCCUUGGCCCAGGCUGAACUGCUUAAGCGACAGGAAGAAUUAGAGCGAAAAGCAGCUGAACUAGAUCGCAGGGAAAGAGAGAUGCAGAGUCUCAAUCAGCAGGGAGGAAGAAAGAACAAUUGGCCUCCAUUGCCAGGAAAUUUCCCAGUGGGCCCUUGUUUUUACCAGGAUUUUUCAGUAGACAUCCCUGUAGAGUUCCAGAAAACAGUAAAGAUUAUGUACUAUUUGUGGAUGUUUCAUGCAGUGACAUUAUUUCUUAAUAUUUUUGGAUGUCUGGCCUGGUUUUGCCUUCAGCCCAGGCGAGGAGUUGACUUUGGACUGAGUAUUCUCUGGUUCUUGCUUUUUACUCCAUGUUCAUUUGUCUGCUGGUACAGACCACUUUAUGGAGCUUUCAGGAGCGAUAGCUCCUUCAGGUUCUUUGUUUUCUUCUUUGUAUACAUUUGUCAAUUUGCUGUGCAUGUCCUUCAAGCUGUGGGAUUCCAAGGUUGGGGGAACUGUGGAUGGAUUUCAUCUCUCACUGGACUUAACCAGAGCAUUCCAGUAGGCAUUAUGAUGAUAGUCAUAGCAGCACUUUUUACAGCUUCUGCUGUCAUCUCACUAAUUAUGUUUAAAAAGGUACAUGGUUUAUACCGUACAACUGGAGCAAGUUUUGAGAAGGCCCAGCAAGAAUUUGCAACGGGUGUGAUGUCCAACAAAACUGUACAAACUGCUGCAGCAAAUGCUGCCUCAACAGCAGCAACCAGUGCUGCUCAAAAUGCUUUCAAGGGUAAUCAAAUAUAGACAAAAGAGAUGAAACACAUUACAAAUUUCUGGCUGUACUUUAUUUUCCAGUCCCUAAAGACUUAUGUUAAAAAUCCACACAGCAUGUAUGUCUUAUCAGCUGUGCAUGGGCUAAGACAGAAAAAAAAAAGUUUAUUUCAUUCCUUUUAGAAUUUUUUAAUGAGAAGUUCUUCCUAGCUACACUACUAGCUUACAAUAGUUACUUUUCUUCUCCAUAUUUUUUGGAGGUACGUGAUAUUUGAUGAAAAUUAGAACAGUAGCUUUAAAAUUCAUACAGCAAGUUUAGCUUCAAUUUUGUUUUUCCAUGGUGUGUAUCACUCUCCGUGCAGCUGUUCCUCCUGACUUAAGACAAGCACUUUGAAUUAACCCUGUUCAUAACACUUUGCUUCCCUGUUUUCGUAAGAAACAAAAAGAAGCUGACAAUUUUGAACAUUAAAUUUUGGCUGCUGCUUUGUAGCUCCAGCAGCUGAUGAAGGACAGACGUAAGCUUAAAAUAAGUAUGAUAGAUAAUGUAAAUUCUUUUUUUAGGAGAAUAGAUUUUUUAAUAAUCUGAGUCUGCAUGAAAGAAUUUUGACCAUGCUGCACUAGUGUUCUGGUCCAGAAAUUGUCUAUCAGUCCGGUUAUAGUAUUUGUUAAGAUCUGUUUUCAUGGUGUAUAUAGUGUUCUAAUUAGAUAUCUUGGAGCACAGAUGUCUUCAUCCAAGUAAUGCAACAUAAAGUGAAAAGAAUUAUGUUUUAACUGAGGCAGAAUUGUUAUAUUUGUUCUUUUUGAUUUUACCAUUCAUAACUAGGAAGCACAUAUUUCUAAACAGAAUCUGUUUAGCAAUAUUUAAAACACUAAUAGGUAGUCCAUUUUGACUUGUGUUAAAUUGUAGUGGAAUUUAUUUUGUGCUUCAGAAUUUUGACAUUUUUAGAGUGUGCAUUUGUGUUUAAUGCUAUUAUAUCUUUAGUCUUGUCAGUCACUCUGUUUAGUAUGUGUAUAAACAUCUGAAUAUUCAAUAACUUAUUUAAAAUUUUAACAUUACUGUAGAUCCUAAUUGGGCUUCUAAACACUGAUAAUUAUGUACUUGAAUUCUUUUAGCAUACUUCAGCCUUCAUAUGAGAUUUAAUCUGAAUAAGUGCAUUUUAUUAAAUGCAAAUUGAAGAUACACUUUAUCAUAAUUAGUUUAGUGUGGUGCUAUAUGGCAGCUUUUUGUUAUUUUAAUUCUUUGUAUUAUUAUAAGCUAAAUUGCCUCUUCAGGUCACUUUUCCCUUUUGAGUUUCUAAAUUCUAGGUGUUAAUGUAUAAUAAUUUGAAACAUGCUAUGGAUUAAUCAUUUGAAUGGUAUUCCUUUUACAUAUUACACUGGCAAAUUUGAUUGUCCUGAAUUCUGGCAUAACAUUUAUUUGAAAAAAAAUGGAAUUCAUCAUGUUCUAAAUUUUUCCACAUGAAGUGUAAACAUGCCUUAUUUAACAUGUUCAGUAGACUCUAGAAUCCCAGGCUGUAAUGUUUGGAGAGGACCUUAGACUGUAUUUGAUCUAGUCUUUCUCAGCCUUGGCAAUUUUAAGAUAUGUGGACUUUGUGACUGGCUGGGAAUUCUGUAGCAUCCUAACAAAUGGCUAUCCUGGCUCUGAAUAUGCAGGGAAGAGUCCACCAUUUCCCAAGGCAGUCUUGUUGCAUUGUUGAAUAGCUUUUGCUAUUUUCCUUGAUGUCUGACUGAACUUUGCUUCCUUGUAAUCUGUAUCCAUUAUUUCUUUUGUGUUUUGGAACAACUGAUUAAUCCUGGCCUGUUUUCUACAUGACAGCCCUUCAGAUACUUGAACACAAAUAUCAUGUCUUUUCUCCUCCAGCCUUAACCUUGUGAUCUACAAAAAUACCCAGGUACAAUAUAUACUCAAUGUAAGCCUACCCACAAAUAAGCUGACCUUGGAAUUUUUAACCAAAAUAUCAACAAAAAUGUUCUACCUAAGGAUAAGCUGACCCACAUUUUUCAAGAAGUUUUGGUCAAAAACUCUCAAGGUCGGCGUAGGCAUGAAUGGCUUAUGUAUGAGUGUAUAUAGGGAUAUAUAGGUACUCACAGAUAAACUCAACCAUGGAUAAGCCAAAAUCAAUUUUGGGGUGUAUAUUGGUACCUAAAAUUCUUGACUUGUCCACAAGUAUAUGUGGUAGGUUUCACAUAUACUGCCCAGUAUUGCAUCUCCAUUUCUAUCUUUCAUAUUUUCCCUAAACAAUCAUAGGACUUAGUUUCAGUUACUGAAAUUAGUGGCUUUACUCAUUGCUGUAGCCUAGUCAAGGUCCUGCUGAAUCUUGGUACUGUUUUCCAAGAUGUGCACUCUCCCACUCAAUGUUAUUAGUUUCCACAAGUUGUCAUUGUAGCUUUAUGUUAUCAUCUAGCCCUUUAUCUAAGUCAUCUAUAAAUAUGUUGAACAGCAUAGGACCCAGAAAAGGUCUAGGGACUUCCACUCAGCACUUCCAGUUUGACACAGACAUUAGGUAUAAUUGUUCAGUGAACUUUGUAUCUAUCUAUAGAUAGCAUAGGUGAACUUUUGCCAUCUGUGCUAGACUCUCACGGGGACAUUUUCUUGAAUGCUGUGCUAAAGGCAUGGUGUGUUGUGUGCAAGUAAAUUGAUCAUUAUCAGAAAGAGGCACUGGGUUAGGUUGGCAUGAUUUAUUAUUAAUAAAUGAUUUAUUAUUAAUAAAUCAUGCUGGUCCCUGCCCAGCAAUGUACUUUUCCUAAAUGCUCACAAAAUGUUUGUAAACCCAUUGCUUAAUUAUUCUAGAUCAACAUCAAACUGACCCAUACUUUUUGGGGGGUGGGGGGUGGAGACAAGAAUAAUAUUUAGAAGGGAAUGUUUAUAUCUCAUAGGGGGCGCAAUAGCUCAACAUCUAAAGAUGCAGAGCUUGUCAGCUGGAAAGCUGACAGCCCAGAAUUGAGACCUGAGUGCCGUGCGUGGGGGGUGAGCUCCCAUUCCUUGCCCAAGCUCCUCCCCACCUAGCAGUUUGAAAGCAUGCAAAUGUGAGCAGAUUAAUAGAUACCACUUCAGUGGGAAAGUAGCAGUGUUCGAUGCAUAUAGCCAUGCCACAUGACCACAAAAAAUGUCUUUGGACAAUGCUGGAUCCCUUGGCCAAGAAACACAGAUGAGCACUGUGCCCUAGAGUUGGACACAACUGGACAGGGGAAACUUUUACCUUUUGUAUCUCAGAGUUAAACUGUGGUGUCCUUGGUGCUCUCUGAACUUGAUUGUUUUCUUACGGACAUUUCAUCACCAAACUAAGUAACAUCCUCAGUGCUAGAAGGGAAUGGGGUUUCCUCACUAGCAAUCAAUACCCAUAUGAGCAGAGAUUAACACCAGAUCAGCUAUCAAGAAAUAAACAAUACUCAAAUCAAGGAUCAUCACUGAAGACAAACUAACAGUUUCUCCUAAUCAAGAAAUCACCAAGCCCGCUCACACCAACACUGAGAGCAAACCCUACUCCCUCCUGACACUGAUGAUGUUACUUUGUCUGGUAACGGAUGUCUGCAAGAAAAUCACCAAGUUCAGAGAGCACAAAGGACCCCACAUGAAUAAUAUUUGCCCUUCUCCAACCCUGUGGUUCCAUGCCCGUCGUCCAUGAUUUCUUAAAGAUCAUAAAGGCUCCUAAAUAACAUUUGCAGGCUCCUUCAGGACUCUUGAAUGUAAUUGGUCACACUCUGGAGACAAAUCCAUUCUUGGAAGCCAGGUGCUUCCUAGACUUUUAGUUAUCUUGGAUUACUAUUCCCUUUUGUUAGUAGUUCUUAGGUCCCUUUGUAUAUAUAGUUUCUCUUUGGGAAGAAGGCUGAAUAGAAGUUCAGCAGCUCUGCUAUCUCCCCUUCAAUCCUACUAUCUUCUCACAGGGUUUCCUCUAACUCCUUUUUCUUUUCUUUUUUUACUACUGCAACAGGAAUAACAAUUACUAUUACUGAAAGUAAGAAAUACUGAAAAAUAUAGGCAAUAUACUGGAAAUAUAUACUGGAAAUAUAGGAAUUAAAUUCUAUGAACAGUUUUAAUCUAAAGAUAUGGACUUCUUUACUUUUUUCUUUACUUUUACUUACUUACUAAUGUUUAUAUCCCAUCCAUCUCCAGAGACUUCAGGCAGUUAACACCAUAUAAAAAUUUACAGAAUUAUUGAAGUAGAUGUUUAUUUCUUUUUCAUGUAUUUAUUUCAAUCCUUGAUCCUACAAACCUAACACAUGGCCACUUUAAUUGCUAAUCAUUUAAAUCUUAUUGAGGAAACUGUAUUCACACUUAUUAAAGAAUCUAAUUUUUCUCAGGGGAUAAAGCAGAUUGAAACUUGAAAUACAUAAAUGUGGGCCUAAUUUGCAGUAGGUCUGAUAGUCAUGUUAGUUCCAGCAGGUAGAACACAUGUUGAUUGUAAUGUCCAUUUUCAUUCUUAUAAACCAUAAUAAAGAAAAUCGGCACACAUGGACACAUAAUGACAUUCUUCUUCAGGAUUAAAUCAAAAGUAGUGGAGUGAAUAUACAUAUUAUUCACAAUUCCUUAUUGUUCACUAUGGCAGAAGGCUGUUGUAUGUUAAAUAUUUAACAAACGAAUGCUAUCAAAGUCUGUUGGUGAACAAGUCUACACCUAUUACUACACUAAUUUUGUAAACACCCAGUUGUAAUGGUUUUUAGAUCAUACUAGAAUGUCAAUAGUUUGUCAUUUCUAAUUUUGGCAUUGGAGAUAUUUAGGUGAGGAAAGUCUGUAUAUUUUGUAAAUUACUAGUGAUGCUUUGCCAUCCUUGUGAAUGUGACAAUUCUGUAUAAAUGCACACAGAUUCUGUGAUACUGCAUGUCUGGGUAGUUCUGCAUAUUUAUUGUAUUAUUUCAAUGACAUAGAAUAAAAUGUUUCCCGAUUGUUUGCUCUGUAUAGUUUAAAAAAUAAAGUAGGGUCUUUUGUAAAAUGCAAGAUAAAAUACCAAAAGGUUAAUAUGUACAGAGAACACCAGGUUUUUGUCCCGGUUCAGCUCUAGUCUUGUGUAGUUACCUGGAGGCAGAAUGUGGAUGAGGAUUUAUUUGGAGCAUUGUGAUGUGGAUCAACAUCGGUAGCAUUCCACAUUUUAUUCUGGCAUUAUUAGUCACCUGUAACUAUGCACAACUAAUGCUGGAUCAGGGAGUUGGGUUUUUUUGUAUUAUGUAUAUAAAUUCUACAGUCUGCAACCAUGGCAAAACUAUGUCUGUUUGCAGAACAACUCAUUGAAAGAACAAUCAAAAGCUGGGCUUCAUUUUCAAGGAAAUAGUUGAUUGUGUUUUAUUUCUGUGAUGUAAAUGGGAAAUUUAAAAAGGAAAAUUAUUGAAAUUUAUGCAAUUGAUAGGUGUUAUUAGAGGAAGUCUUGGAAGUAAAAUGGAACCUUUGAAAACGCA